CUUUUUUUGCGUUCUUGUUUCAAUUGUUGGUUUCGUUCGCUCGUUGUUUCGCCGGGAGUUUCUGCUUUCCGUUCCAGCGCCUCGGAUAUGUACCUUCUCGUAUUCGCCCCUUGGAGAUGACUUACGACUGCUGGCGCAGCGCAUCAUCGAGAGACGUGAAUGAGCAUAGCAUUUUUGCUGCACCAUGUAUUCGACGGAAGCGGCCAAAACGAUUGUAGGGGACCUGGCGCUCGUCUUCACCAUAGUCAACUACGCCAGCGGAGUACAAAUAUGCAGAAAAGUUCGUGAGAAAGGCGGGACCCAUGAUCUUUCCCCGCUGCCUUUCUUGGCUGGCAUGCUUGCCACGUUCCUCUGGUUCGAGUACGGUGUUAUGAAAGGAGACAACAUAUUGGUGUGGGUGAACUCCAUUGGAUUCCUGCUGCAGAUGAUGUUCCUGUGCUAUUUCUACUCGUACACAAAAGUCAAAGUGAGUAGGAAGUUCUACUACAUUUCCCACCACAUGGUGUCUAGUUUGUUGCUGUUAUUGCCGCG